AUGGAAACGUUGGACUAUCCGGAAUUUCUCGAUAGGCAUUACACCAAAAUUGAACCUGGGGCACACAAGAUUCAGUACACGAUGGCGGAAUAUCAUACGGUCACUCAAGACGCAAAUCUACUACUAUCAUCCGAAAAAACACUAAUUGACGUUGAUCCACCAAUUGUUAUUGUCGGUGAUAUUCAUGGCCAAUUCAACGAUCUCCUGAAUAUGUUUCUGCUCAUUGGUCGCCCACCAGAGAAACGCUAUUUAUUCUUAGGAGAUUACGUGGACCGUGGAAUGAUGUCCUUAGAAUGUAUUAUGCUUCUACUCGCCUACAAGGUCUGUUAUCCCACAUCCGUUUACCUGCUACGGGGAAACCAUGAAUGCGCUCGUGUGAAUAGAAAAUAUGGAUUCUGGAGCGAAUGCAUAAAACAUUUAGGUGUAAAAGGCGAAACGGUAUGGGCAAUGUUUCAGCGAUGCUUUAACAACAUGCCAGUGUCGGCAUUGGUAGCAACAAAGAUUCUAUGCAUGCACGGAGGCCUAUCACCUAGUUUAGACACUCUUGAUGAUGUUCGGAACACUCAGAAACCAAUAAGAAAUCCAUUUCGUGGUGUAAUCAACGACAUGCUCUGGGCUGAUCCCGAUAUGAGUAUUCUGGAUUGGCGCACCAGCAGUCGAGGUUCGGGAUUCGCCUUUGGAACACACGUUAUUGAUGAUGUUUGUGAACGUCUAGGUUUGGAACUUAUUGUACGAGCUCACCAGAUGUGUCUCGACGGCUUUUGGUUGACUCCAAAUAGACGACUUCUCACUCUAUUUUCGGCACCAAUGUACUGUAACUUGUAUAGAAAUGCUGGAACAGUACUAGACGUCGAUGAACACUUGCGAUGUCAGCUUAUAUCUAUGAUGCCUGAAUCUCGAGGAUGUCAUGAGCGUGUGAUGAAGCAAAACCGACUUUGGGACGAAACAGUCGACUUGAUCUAUGAAAGGACCGCUGCGUGA